UUGAUUACUUACUUGCAUCUCUAGUUUUAGUCGAAAAAAUCCAUUGAAACGAUUUGGAAGCGGAGUGUGGUGAUAGUCAGGAGUGUGCAGUGCAGAGAAGCCAGCGAUACAAGGAAACAACAAAAGAAAAACAAGAGGGGGAGCAGGAGAACACGGAAACAAAAUACGAGUUGGGAUCGACGUUCGAUCUGAUUCUGAUCUGAGUAUCUAAUCUUAUCUAAUUGUGUGGGAAAUCCGACCUCGCCGCAAUGGAUAAUUUAAUAACAAUUGUAAACAAGCUGCAAGAUGCGUUCACAUCGCUCGGCGUCCACAUGCAAUUGGAUCUGCCGCAGAUCGCGGUGGUCGGUGGCCAAUCAGCUGGCAAGAGUUCCGUUUUGGAGAACUUCGUGGGCAAAGAUUUCUUGCCGCGUGGCUCUGGUAUCGUGACUCGGAGGCCGCUAAUCUUGCAACUGAUCAAUGGAGUUACCGAAUAUGGAGAGUUCCUUCACAUCAAAGGCAAGAAGUUCUCCAGCUUCGAUGAGAUCAGAAAAGAAAUCGAAGAUGAAACGGAUCGUGUGACCGGUAGUAACAAAGGCAUUUCAAACAUUCCAAUUAAUUUGCGCGUCUACUCGCCGCACGUACUCAAUCUAACCCUGAUCGAUUUGCCCGGUCUGACAAAGGUGGCCAUUGGCGAUCAGCCGGUGGAUAUUGAGCAGCAAAUUAAGCAGAUGAUAUUCCAAUUUAUUCGCAAAGAGACUUGUUUAAUUCUGGCUGUGACCCCGGCCAAUACCGAUCUGGCCAACUCGGAUGCCCUCAAGCUGGCCAAGGAGGUGGAUCCACAGGGUGUGCGGACCAUUGGCGUUAUAACCAAGCUGGAUCUGAUGGACGAGGGCACCGAUGCACGCGACAUUCUGGAGAACAAGCUGCUUCCGCUGCGCCGUGGCUACAUUGGUGUGGUGAAUAGAUCCCAGAAGGAUAUCGAGGGACGCAAGGAUAUCCACCAGGCGUUGGCCGCCGAGCGCAAGUUCUUCUUGAGCCAUCCCUCCUACCGGCACAUGGCCGACCGUCUCGGCACCCCCUACUUGCAGCGCGUCCUCAACCAACAACUAACCAACCACAUCAGGGACACGUUACCUGGCCUGCGGGAUAAGUUGCAGAAACAGAUGCUCACCCUGGAGAAGGAGGUGGAGGAGUUUAAGCACUUUCAGCCAGGCGAUGCCAGCAUCAAAACAAAAGCUAUGCUCCAAAUGAUUCAGCAGCUGCAAUCAGACUUCGAGCGAACUAUUGAGGGCAGCGGCUCAGCUUUGGUGAACACAAAUGAGCUCUCAGGUGGCGCCAAGAUCAAUCGCAUUUUCCACGAACGUCUGCGCUUUGAGAUUGUUAAGAUGGCUUGUGAUGAAAAGGAACUGCGACGAGAGAUCUCAUUUGCAAUUCGAAAUAUCCACGGUAUUCGCGUUGGCCUCUUCACACCCGACAUGGCGUUCGAGGCGAUUGUCAAGCGGCAGAUAGCUCUGCUCAAGGAGCCGGUUAUCAAGUGUGUCGAUCUAGUCGUACAGGAACUUUCUGUGGUUGUGCGCAUGUGCACAGCUAAAAUGAGUCGAUACCCACGUCUGCGUGAGGAGACCGAACGUAUUAUCACAACACAUGUGCGCCAACGCGAGCACAGCUGCAAGGAACAGAUCCUUCUGCUCAUUGACUUUGAGCUGGCCUACAUGAACACCAACCAUGAGGACUUCAUUGGUUUUGCCAACGCUCAAAAUAAAUCAGAGAAUGCCAACAAAACUGGCACUCGUCAGCUGGGCAACCAAGUCAUUCGAAAGGGUCACAUGGUCAUCCAGAAUCUUGGUAUCAUGAAAGGUGGAUCGCGUCCCUAUUGGUUUGUGCUGACAUCCGAGAGCAUCUCCUGGUAUAAGGACGAGGAUGAGAAGGAGAAGAAGUUUAUGCUGCCGUUGGAUGGUUUAAAAUUGCGUGAUAUUGAGCAGGGAUUUAUGUCAAUGUCUAGACGUGUUACAUUUGCUUUAUUUAGUCCCGAUGGACGUAAUGUUUAUAAGGACUACAAACAACUGGAGCUGUCGUGCGAGACCGUGGAGGAUGUGGAGUCCUGGAAAGCUUCCUUCCUGCGAGCUGGUGUUUAUCCCGAAAAGCAGGAGACUCAGGAAAAUGGCGAUGAGGAAGGACAAGAGCAAAAAUCGGCCAGCGAGGAGAGUUCCACCGAUCCACAGCUAGAGCGGCAGGUCGAGACCAUCCGUAAUCUUGUUGACUCCUACAUGAAGAUCGUUACGAAGACCACCCGUGACAUGGUGCCCAAAGCAAUUAUGAUGCUCAUCAUCAACAAUGCCAAGGACUUUAUCAAUGGCGAACUGCUGGCACAUCUCUACGCGUCCGGGGAUCAGUCCCAGAUGAUGGAGGAGUCGGCUGAAUCGGCCACACGGCGAGAGGAGAUGCUGCGCAUGUACCGUGCUUGCAAGGAUGCAUUACAGAUCAUAGGCGACGUAUCAAUGGCCACCGUGUCCUCGCCAUUGCCUCCGCCGGUUAAGAACGAUUGGCUGCCCAGCGGCUUGGACAACCCACGUCUUUCUCCUCCAAGUCCAGGCGGCGUCAGAGGAAAGCCAGGACCUCCCGCACAGAGCUCCUUGGGUGGACGGAACCCACCAUUGCCACCAGCUACAGGUCGCCCAGCGCCAGCGAUUCCGAAUCGCCCAGGAGGUGGGGCACCACCACUACCCGGCGGUCGUCCCGGAGGAGCUCUUCCCCCACCAAUGCUCCCAUCGCGUCGUUAAAUUGUUGUUAGCGUCGAGAGACAAGAGACAUCUAUGUAUCUAGGGGAUGAAUCCGCAAAAAGUAGCUUGCUGACGAUUUAACCAACCACAAACAAUACCCAAACAAAGAAUUCUACUUUCAACAAUUGUAAUUUGAUAUUAUUCCGGCAAAAUCCAGAAAUCAACAACGAUGGGAAAUCGAUACAUUUGAAUCGCUUGCGUAUUAUUGUAGUCAUAUAUAUAUAAUCUGAAGCGUUGAAACUGAUAUAAAUUCGUAAUAUGUGAAAAGCAACUAGUCGAGAUGCACAUGAUUUCUUUAAUUCCAUAAGAUGUUUUUCGUAAUGUCUACUUUCCUGUGUAGAUAUAUACAAUAUAUACAUAUGUGUACAAAUGUAUGUGCAUUUGUUCGUGCAUGUCUAAUUAAUUAUUAUUAUUAUUUGAUUAAUUAAUUAAUUGAUUAAUUGAGUACUCGAUGUUCCCCCCAUUAUCAACGGCAUACGCUCAAAAGUUAUGUAAACUAUUUGUACGGGCAGAUGCUUAGUGACGAUAUUAACCAAUGAUCUUAAUUAUAUAGCUAACUAUUAAUAAAUAGCUUUCGUUAACUGCAUUGUGUUGUUGUUGAUGUUAAAACUAUAAAACCCAAUUAAAUUAGAAAAUGUUAGGUAACGCAGCGUUGAGAACAUUUCAAGUCAGUCACAAAGUAUUUCCUUGAACUUAAAGCAAACUAAACUAAACUAACAAAUUAACAACUAAAAUCGAACUAACUAAAUACUAAAUUACCCCUUCCAUUUAACGGAAAUGCACACUGCAAAUACAUAUUGGGAUUCAGAUUACAUAAUUAAGUAGGACUUGCUUUUGCUUUUCGCUAUAUCGUAAUCAUACUAUAAUUUGUUCGCCAUCAAAUUCGAUUAAUUUCUGUAAGAAAAAUGUUAUAUUCCCCAUCCGGAUUCUCGGAUUUGUGGAAUCAUCAGCUGUCCCGUUUCCAAGAAACGAUUAAGUUACAGGAUUAAGUUAACGCUUAUUUGUAUUGUCCAUUCCUCUUCGUAUUUGUAUGUUGGCUUUUGCCUAAGUUUUGGUCAGAUCAGAAGUCGAGUUACUGAUUUGAAUUCGAUGAAAGCAGUUUUUUUUGAUUGCGAAAUUAGCAGAGAUUUUGUUGAGUGACUUGUAUCGAUUCCCAGGAACAUACAAAAAAAAAAUUAUUUACCACAAUUAUAUGUAUAACCAUAAUUAUAGCCAAUGUCAUAAAAGAUUUUUUUUUUUAAAUUGACACUAAACCGAUUUUUUGUCACGACAACCCCUAAAAAUAUCUAUAUACAUAUAUAUAUAUAUAUAUACAAAAUACGUGUUUCCAAUAUUUUUAUGUACAAUGUAUUAUUUAUAAUGUUGAUUACAAAUAUAUAAGUCAUGAAAAUACUCUUGUGACUUACUCAAAUGGAUUGUGACGAUGGAAAUAUGCAGCAAAUUAAAUUACAUAUGACCAGUUUACGUAUACACAAAUAAAGUGCAUAAAUAAAUACAUAAAUUGUUCGUAUUA